UGCCCCGGGAACACUGAUUGCAAACACGGAAACGGAUCAUCCGUAGCUGCAGUCCAUCUUUAUUUUCAUGCACUUUAUCAAACCGUAAUUAAAAAAAAACGCACAUUGAAGGUUGUAAUAUCGAGUCGACUGGUGUUUUUAGAUUUAUUUUCUUUCGCUCUAUGGAUUUUCUGCAGCUUCUGUCAUGGGCCUGCAUCGUGUUCACCGUCGGGAUGUUCUCGACUGGACUGACCGACAUGAAGACGAUGCGAGAAUCCAAAAGCACUGACAACAUCCAGUUUCUCCCUUUUCUCACCACAUGUCUUAAUAACCUCGGUUGGUUGUUUUAUGGGAUGCUGAAGAGAGAUCAGACCAUCGUCCUGGUCAACAUAAUCGGAGCUCUUCUGCAGAUCCUCUACAUCAUCAUGUACUUCCACUACACCAAACACAAGGGGCUGGUGAUGUCCCAGACGGUGGCGGCAGGGACGGUCCUGACCUGCGGUUGGCUCUACUUCGGCAUGUUUCUACCCGAAGGAGACUCUCGACUCAGCCAGCUGGGACUCACCUGCAGCGUCGUCACCAUCAGCAUGUACAUGUCGCCGCUGACCGACCUGGUGGAAAUAGUGCGCAGUGGUAACGUCCAGUGCUUGUCCUUCCCUCUGACUGUAGCCACCUUCUUCACUUCCACCUCCUGGGUUCUCUACGGCUUCCAGCUCAACGACUACUACAUCGUGGUUCCAAACACACCUGGAAUCUUCACCAGUCUGAUCAGAUUUUAUCUCUUUUGGAGGUUUGCGUCCGUCAAUCAGAGCUCGCCUUCCUAUAAGCCUAUGCAUAUAUGAUGACACCAAGGGGGACAGUUAUGAAAACAGAUGACAGAUGUCGGUGGAAGGCGAAGCUCUCCCGUCACUCGUCCUGUCUUUUUAUUGGAGUAUGGCAGAAAGAACAUAUCUGAGCUCACUGAGUGACGCCGCUUAUAAAGUGGCGAUAAUGGCAAUUGUGUUGUGUUUACUUUUCGGGGAGGGAAAGCAAAGGAGUGCAGUCGAGAGCCUUUCAGACAUGAAGAUACAGAAUGUCACAGCUUUGUCAGUCUGUUAAAGUGACAGCAGAGUUAAUCCAGUCAGUCCAAACAUCUUAGAAGAUUUUCUAAAUGAAAUGCUGAAACGUGGAAAAAAAAUCCUCAAUUUGCUUCAAAACAGCUCAAAAUAUGUCACAUGUGUGUCUAUCCAUUAAUAUGCUGUGUUAAAAUUGAAAUAUCGCUCGGUACGACCUUGUAAGAUUACGAUUUUUACCAGAAAACUGAGCCUGGUGCACCUUCUUUGAGAUGCCGUCACAUUAACAGAGUUUUGCAUGUCUGAAAGGGGCUUUAGAGUUACAAAGGAACAAUUCUGAUGUCUUAAAAACAGUCAAACUGUUACUUUCCUGCGGCUGUGUGUGGAACUGUGACCUGCAUCUGCUCUGCGUCUUUAAGUGCCUUCUGUUAGGUCAGGCUUGCCAUUAAAGCUCAAUGGCAUUUACUGAUCUGCCCACACGUCAGGAAAACUCCCUUUGCAAUCGCUGAACUGGAUUCAACCUCAUCUCGUACUAGCCAAAGAUCUCGUGGAGUUGUCGGCUGCUAUUUUAAUUACAUAUAUUGUUAUUAUUUUCCCCCUGUUCCUUGGGAAUCACAUGUGGGAUAUGUGUAUACACUUAUUUUUCUGCUUAAUAACUCAUUUGUGUUUUGUUCAUGUCGACAGAUAUUGAAUCGUGUCAGUGGCAGUGAUAUUUUCUAUACCCUUUUUUGAUAUGCGACAUGAACCAAAUAGUGUUUACUAUUUUUAUAAGGUGAAAUGUAAUUAACACCAUAAGAUUUUGUUUACAAGGAUGAAUGUUUCCUAAUUCUGUGGUGGCUGGCUGAAUUAUCAUUAUUAAACAUAUUAAGGGGAAAAUGAAA